AUGAUGGCCGUUCGUCGGCGACCCCAAAACCCCUCCUCCCCUGGCGAACCCGCUAAAUCCCAGAAGCAAAACCUCAAGGCCUCCGACGCGCUUCCUCUGCCGCUCUACCUCACCAACGGCCUCUUCUUCACGCUCUUCUUCACCGUCGCAUACUUCCUCCUCCACAGGUGGCGCGAGAAGAUCCGCACGUCCACGCCACUCCAUGUGCUGACGCUCUCGGAGAUCGCCGCCCUCUUCUCCCUCUUCGCCUCUGUCAUCUACCUCCUCGGCUUCUUCGGCAUUGACUUCGUCCAGUCUUUCGUCUCCCCUAACAACGCCCGCGCCCCCCACGACCCCUGGAAUGACGUCGUCGCCGUCGAACAACAACCAAAAAAUGACGUCGUCCGCGUCGCACCCCUCGCCGCCGCAGGCGGCGGCACGUCGUCGGAGGAAGACGAGGACAUAAUCAAAUCGGUAAUGUCCGGAACGACGCCCUCCUACUCGCUCGAGGCGAGUCUCGGGGACUGCCGGCGAGCGGCGGCGAUACGGCGGGAGGCGUUGCAGAGGACGACAUGUCGAUCGCUGGAGGGCCUGCCGUUGGAAGGCUUCGACUACGAGUCGAUAUUGGGGCAGUGCUGCGAGAUGCCGGUCGGGUAUGUUCAGAUCCCGGUCGGAGUGGCCGGGCCGCUGCUGCUGGACGGCGAGGAGCUCACGGUUCCGAUGGCGACGACGGAGGGUUGCCUGGUGGCGAGCACCAAUAGGGGAUGCAAGGCCAUCCACGUGUCGGGCGGGGCCCAGAGCGUGGUUCUCAAGGACGGCAUGACCCGGGCGCCGGUUGUCAGGUUCAGCUCUGCCGCCAGAGCUGCCGAACUCAAGUUCUUCGUCGAGGACCCUCUCAACUUUGAUUCUCUCGCCGUCGUUUUCAACAGAUCUAGUAGAUUCGCAAGGCUUCAAAGGAUACAAUGCGCAGUAGCAGGGAAGAAUCUGUACAUGAGGUUUACUUGCAGCACCGGAGAUGCCAUGGGAAUGAACAUGGUCUCCAAAGGUGUCCAAAAUGUUCUAGAUUUCCUUCAAAGUGACUUCCCUGACAUGGAUAUCAUUGGCAUCUCUGGAAAUUUCUGCUCAGACAAGAAAGCAGCAGCUGUAAAUUGGAUAGAAGGGAGAGGCAAAUCUGUGGUAUGUGAGGUAGUGAUCAGGGAAGAGGUGGUGAGGAAGGUGCUGAAGACGAAUGUGGCAGCCCUAGUGGAGCUUAACGUGCUCAAGAACCUUACUGGUUCUGCAAUGGCUGGUGCUCUUGGUGGAUUCAAUGCCCACGCCAGCAACAUUGUUUCUGCAAUUUACUUAGCCACUGGGCAGGACCCUGCUCAGAAUGUAGAGAGCUCUCACUGCAUCACCAUGAUGGAAGCCGUCAACAAUGGCAAGGACCUUCAUGUCUCAGUCACCAUGCCUUCCAUUGAGGUGGGAACAGUUGGAGGAGGAACACAACUUGCAUCCCAAUCAGCCUGCUUGAACCUAUUAGGUGUGAAAGGAGCAAGCAAAGAAUCUCCUGGUUCAAACUCAAGGAAAUUGGCCACCAUUGUAGCUGGCUCUGUCCUAGCAGGGGAGCUCUCACUCAUGUCAGCCCUGGCAGCUGGGCAGCUGGUCAAGAGCCACAUGAAAUACAACAGGUCUAGUAGGGAUGUCUCAAAACUUGCUUGCCCCAGCUAA